CGGCGAUAAAUUUGGUUAAAAAGGUUAAAAUUUGGAUUUUCUAAGUAAUUUCAUUUAUUUAAGAAAUACUGUUAUACAUUAUUUAAAAAUUACAAUAAAGCUUUAGAUAUAUUAUGCGAUAAAGUUUAAAUUUUAAGCAAAUAAAAACAUGGCAGACAGAGAUCUAUCCCUCGGUCCACGAGAAGGAGUAACUUAUCCUAUUAAAGUACAAUACUGUGGUAAUUGUUCCAUGCCAAUAGAAUAUUGCGAGUAUUAUCCAGAAUAUGAUAAGUGCAAACAAUGGUUGGAAAAGAAUUUGCCGACAGAGUUCGAAAAAGUGAAGAUCGAUGAGGAUGAUAAUGGUGGUGGCGAAGAAGAGAAGAAACGACAAAAGCGAGGCGGAAAGGGAAUGCUUAAAUCUAAGAAAAAAGAAGAUGUUCCCAAGUUAGUCCAAGUUUCACGUGCUCCCAGGGGAAAGAAGAAAUCUGUUACUGUUGUGUCUGGACUUAGUACUUUUGAUAUUGAUUUGAAGGUGGCUGCAAAGUUUUUUGGCACAAAAUUUGCAUGUGGUUCUUCUGUGACUGGUGAUGAUGAAAUUGUUAUUCAGGGAGAUGUAAAGGAUGAUCUUUUUGAUGUGAUACCUGAAAAAUGGCCUGAGAUUGAUGAAGAUAGUAUUGAAGAUCUUGGAGAUCAAAAGAGAUAGUUUUUAAAAUAUGUUGGAGAAAAUAUAAUAUGCUUUAAAGUUUUCAAUAUGUGAUUGACAUUACAGUCAUAUGUUAAACAUGUUCAUGAAAUAACUUUAAUUUUUCAGCUUUUAAAAAUAUAAAAAAUUUCA